AUGUCUACGGUUUUGGACCCCAGCGACCCAGGUGUUAGCAAGCACGACAUGGCUCAGUGGCUUUACGAACGUGACAAGACAACGACCCUUCACUCCAAAAUAACUCGAGCACAGCUUGCCACCAAAGUGCGAAAGGCGCAGCCGCAUCUCUUCCCAAAUCCUGAUACCGACGAUCCAGCCCUGGACUCGAAUGAAUUGCCGCACCAACAACAGGAAUCAGGUGAUCGAAAGGUGUUUGGCAGCAUGGAGUCUCAUAAUCCUAUGCCUUCACCUUCCACAAGUGGUCGGAACUCACAAGACUUGACAUCAAUCGCCACAAUCGCUCCUCCUCGUAAAGCAAAGCGUGUUUCUUUCGAUCCGCCGAUCUCCACAUGUUACCUCCUACAUGACGUCAAACCAAAUCUUGCGGAUAUGGGGCCUGCUCGAAAAGCAAAGCGAGUGUCUUCUGAUGAUCACAGUGGUUCUACCAUGAUGAAGAAAAAGAAAAAAAAGUCAAUGGAACAGCAAAUUCCAGACCACCCGACCAGUAACAGUAUACCAAAGUCUACAGGUAAAGGCAUUUCGAAAUCAACUCCUGGAGUGAAAGCUACCUCUCUACUGGAGGUACAGGAUCAGUGCGAACAUACCAGAGAGUUAAGUGUGCUUCAGGAGCCUCUGGUUCUUCCUGCUUUGAACCCGUCAAGUAAUCGUGUGGAAGAUAAUAACGAGGGUUUGGAAGAACAACUGAUUUCUCUUGGGUCAGAAGAGGGCAAGCCAGACACUUCAAGUACUCAUCGCUAUGAAAUGGACUUGAUGGAAUUUCCCGAGUUAGAUAUAUUUGAAAGUGAAAAUACCAUAUUGGGAAGGAACAUUGAUCCCAUUCCUUUCAAACCCUCUAUCGAGCCAAAUUCAGAGCUACCAGUACUCUCGGGAACAGACUACUUUCAAAUCCAAAGAAGUAAAGAAGAGCAACUUGCUACCCUCGAAGAGCGUGUGGCAUCUUUCGAAGACAUGAAACAAAUCAUCGUCACUACUCAGACACGUUUAGACUUUCUAGAGAUGCAGGUUGAAAGACUAGAGAAUGAAUUGCAGUCAGCUCGUAAUGACAUCAAUGAGCACAACAAAGUCCUUACUGGCCUGCUUUCAGUUGAAGAAGGGGAAGAUUCUGGUACUGGCAGUUCCGUCUCAGAUUAG